AUGUCCUCCUCCAACGACCUUCGCUCCCAAGCCGAAAAUAUCUUCAACCUAUGCAAACAAACCUACCCCGAUUCCCUAAUCCUCAAACUCGCCCAACUUCUCCACACUUCCCCGAACCCUGAAACCCGCACCAUGUCCACAAUCCUCCUCCGCCGCCACCUCAUGCGCCACCACGACGACUCCUUCAUCUACCCACACCUAACCACCUUGCUUCGUGGCCUGACCUACUCCCGCUUCUCUUCCAGUUGUUUACUUCACCUGACUACUUCACCUGACGCUAGGCUUCAGGAGACUUCGCUACUUGUGUUUGCUCAAUUGGCUCGUUACAUAGGUGAAACCCUAAUUCCUCAAUUGUCUACUCUUCACUCUGUUUUCCUCCGCAGCCUUAGCGCUGCUACAUCGUCAUCAGAUGUCCGCAUCGCCGCUCUUGCUGCCAGCAUCAAUUUUGUUCAGUGUCUCUCCAAUCCCUCUGACCGUGACAGGUUUCAUAUCAAAAUUGAGAUGCACUUAGUUAUUAGUGUUGGCGAGAGCAAAACGAAUGGAAACAUGACUUUUGAUGUGAGAGAUGUAUUUGUCAGGUUAAAUUAA